AUGGAGCUGCUGUGCUGUGAGGUGGACCCGGUCCGCAGGGCCGUGCCGGACCGCAACCUGCUGGAAGACCGCGUCCUGCAGAACCUGUUGACUAUCGAGGAGCGCUACCUCCCGCAGUGUUCCUAUUUCAAGUGCGUGCAGAAGGACAUCCAGCCGUACAUGCGCAGGAUGGUGGCUACCUGGAUGCUAGAGGUCUGUGAGGAACAGAAGUGUGAAGAAGAGGUCUUUCCUCUGGCCAUGAAUUACCUGGACCGUUUCUUGGCUGGAGUCCCGACUCCUAAGACCCAUCUCCAGCUCCUGGGCGCUGUGUGCAUGUUCCUAGCUUCCAAGCUGAAAGAGACCAUCCCGCUGACUGCCGAAAAGCUGUGUAUUUACACCGACAAUUCUGUGAAACCCCAGGAGCUGCUGGAGUGGGAACUGGUGGUGCUGGGUAAGCUGAAGUGGAACCUGGCUGCAGUAACCCCUCACGACUUCAUUGAGCACAUCCUACGCAAGCUGCCCCAGCAGAAGGAGAAGCUGUCCCUGAUCCGCAAGCAUGCGCAGACCUUCAUCGCUCUGUGUGCUACCGACUUCAAGUUUGCCAUGUACCCGCCAUCGAUGAUCGCAACUGGAAGCGUGGGAGCAGCCAUCUGCGGGCUUCAGCAGGACGAGGAAGUGAAUGCACUCACGUGCGAUGCCCUGACGGAGCUGCUGGCCAAGAUCACCCACACCGAUGUGGAUUGUCUCAAAGCCUGCCAGGAGCAAAUCGAGGCUGUGCUGCUUAACAGCCUUCAGCAGUUCCGUCAAGAGCAGCACAACGGCUCCAAGUCUGUGGAAGAUCCGGACCAAGCCACCACCCCUACAGACGUGCGGGAUGUUGACCUGUGAGGAAGCCAUUCGGGCGGCAAGAGAGAGGCGUGUUCGUCAUCUGCUAGCCCCUUCUCUCUCUCUCUCUAGUUAUGUCUUGUUCUUUUGUGUUUUAGGAUGAAAGUUCAAAACAAAAAACAAAAACAAAAACAAAAACAAAAUCUACCCCCACCUAGAUCAUAUUUAAAGGUCUUUUAGAAGUGAGAGGGAAAGGCCAUAUAGUUGAGGCACAUGUGGUACCUGUUCAAAGUCCAGCAGAAAGGGAUCCCUUGUAUAUGCGAACCAUUAUCAUGUGAUGAUGUAAGAGUUCUAGUGAGAUGCUUACAGGAGAGCCCUCAGACUAGCUAGAGAACAUGUAUACCUGCAGUAUGGGAACGAAUUAGAGGAGACUGUCUCUUGUGCUUGGGAACUAGUGCAUAUGCCCCCUUUAGUAGAAUUGCAAGAAACCAUGGAUGCCGGUGCGGCAUGAGUAGUUUGCAAAGCAUUGAACCCAAGAAGGAAUCAGAAAUGAGAAGGGACACGCUGGGGAGGUUAUGCAGAACCACCCAACCACACGACUGAACCAUUU